UUGUUCCUGUCCGUAUGAAACCAAUCGAUGUGAUAGAAAAGAACGUCGGCAAGGUGGCUACUGCAAAAGUAGUCAGCCAUCCAAGAGGUAGUACUGAAAGCAGAAAAUCUGUCCUUCCAAGCGGGUCUAGCAGUGAUAAUGAAUCGAUUUCUUCCGAGUGUGAUAACUCUUCUGCAUCAGAAGACAAAUCCACUCCGAGUAAAUCUCAGACAUCUCGUUCUUCAUAUUUCCGUGGCAAGGCGAAAAAGAAUCUUUUCCAAACUGGUGAUGAUCAAGUUAAAAAUAAUUCAAAGGAAGAACCAGAUCGUUCCUCGGAAACGGCUGAUCUGAUCAAAAACCUCAAACGAGAGAUUGUCAACGAUGAUGGAAGCAGAGAUAUCUGGUACCCAAAUGGGAAUUUGAAGAAGAUCUCCCCGGACGGACUGGUGAUACGAAUGUUGUACUUCAACAAAGACAUCAAAGAAACGAAUGUCAGUGAAGGAACAACGAAAUAUUACUAUUUUGAGACAAAUACAUGGCACACGACCUAUCUGGACGGUCUGGAGAUACUGGAAUUUCCGGAUGGUCAAACGGAACAUCGUUUCAAGGACAGCUCGACGGAGGUACACUUCCCCAACGGAUCCGUUAGGACCACUAAUCCAAACAGCGCAGAUAUUGCGGAAGAAUGGAAAUACGCAGACGGUUCGACUGUGAUUGUGAAGCGCAACGACGACAUGGUGAUAACGCUUCCGAACGGACAGGUGGAGAUUCAUACCAAGGCACACAAACGACGUAUCUAUCCGGAUGGGACGGUUAAGUUUCUUUAUCCGGACGGGAGCCAGGAGAGCAGGUACUCGAAUGGACGCGUCCGGUUGAAUGACAAGGAUGGAAACCUUAUCUCCGACACAGGUGGCGGAACCAAUUGACUGGUACACUUUAGUAGUAGAUUUCUUCUAA